AUGCUCCGUAGAGGCGGUGGGAGCCCUCCCUCCGGCUGCUGCACAGGGGACACGGGCGUCCCCAGGAGCUCCGGGGAUGGCGGCUUGGGCUCUUCACCCCCAGCAAGGAGCCCGCUCUGGGGCAGUGCUCUGGCCACCGCUGUCGGAAGGCAGCUCCUCAGCCAAGCAACUGUCCUCCUGCCUCUCCUGCAGGAGCUGCUGGUUGUCCUGCACCAGGAAGGACCGUCGACGGAGGGGAUAUUCCGAAAAGCCGCCAGCGGGACGGAACUUCGGGAGCUGCGGGAGGCCCUGGACCGCGACGCCAAUGUUGACCUGGGAAGCCAGCCUGCACUCCUGCUGGCCGCCGUCUUGAAGGUGAGCGCUGCUGACCUGCGGCUGGAGGAGCUCCUGGCCGGCCUGGAAACUUCAAAGGCUCACCCGGAGCCCUUGGCAUUGCAGGACUUCCUCCGAAGCAUCCCCGACAAGCUGCUGGUGACCCACCUCUACGAGGACUGGAUGCAAGCCAUGGAGAGGACAAGCAAGCAGGAGAAGGUGGAAGAGCUGAAAGCGGUGGCCGAGAAGUUGCCUGCGGCCAACCUCCUGCUCCUCAAGCGGCUGCUGUCCCUCCUCCAGCACAUCGGCCACAACGCAGCCACCAGCAGGAUGAGCUGCAGCAACCUGGCCAUCUGCCUUGGGCCAAACCUGCUGAGCCCACCCAACGAGGACCUGCUCCCGCUCCAGGCCAUGCUGGAGGUGACCGAGAAGGUGCGCUGUGUUGGCAAGCCGGCUGCAGCCUUGCCGGCCCAUCAGAGCUUGGCUGCUCAGAGGUCCCUGGCUGCCUCCUCCCUUGAGCAAAUGCCGGUGAACACGCUGGUGCUGUUUAUGAUUGAAAAUUGCGGCGACAUCGUUGGGGAGGAGGUGGCUGGCCGCUCCUGUCCAUCAGCUGGGGAGUCGCCAGCCCCCACGGACGGAGCCAGAGCUCUGCGUUUGGAAGAGCAGCAAGUCCCUGCGGUCGCAGCAGACGCCGAGCAUCAGGCAGAAGCCUUGCCGCACGCACCCCCCUCUCUGCUCGGUGUCCUCAAAGAAGCUGGGGGAGAUAUGGUGGGGGAGUCUGAAAUGGGAGAGGCCCCUUCAGCUUUGCCUCCCACCACCCCCGAGAGCACGGCAGGCUCCCUGGGGCGCCCAGAAGAAGUGGCGAGCCUUUCAGAGGAUGGCAGGCUCUCCUCGGGACAAGGAAAAGAGAAGAAACCGAAGGAGGAAACAGGCCUGGGGAGACGAAAGCUGUGCAGAAAAAAAGAGGAGGAAGAGAGAAAACGUAUUGGGGGAUCGCAAACGGAAAAGAUGCAGGAAGGUCCGGCAGGUCGAGAAGCCCAGGUUACGAAGCUCCGGGAGAAGAUAAACUGUAAGCCCACAAACAGCCAGAAUCUAGUUGGGAAGCCCACCCUACACUUGCUAGAAGCAGCCAGGAGCCUGCUGUGCGCACCAGCUGGAGAGGAGCUGAAGCCUUCUCCCUCUGAUGAGGGUGAAGCCGGCCAGAAACGCCUCUCACCACAUGGCAGCAUCCACGACCCACCGUGA